AUGACCAACUGUAAAGUAGCUGGAGUGUUGUGCCUCCUAGUCUUUUUGGCUAUCUAUUCUUGUUCGCGAAAUGCACAAGCAAUUCAUGGAGUAGAUCACUGCACCAUCGAUAAAAAUAACGUGAUCCAAGAUUGCUCGGGUUUCAUCGAAAAGAAUCUUGGUAACCAGGUUCCGCAACCGUGGACCCUAUGUUGUGUUACAAUGAGAGGUGUGACGGACAUCCAUUGUGUUUGUGAUCGGUUCACCGCUCACGAACUGACUAGGAUUAGUCUACCCAAGUUCGCCCGUAUGACACAUGUAUGCGGCAAAGGGUUGCACCCACACACUCAUUGUGCAGGUUACCUUGUUCCAGUCAUAAAGCUACGACCUCCACCCCCGGCAAGUACCUAG